AUGUCAGCCCUAAUCCGCCGGUAUGCGGCGGAGCUCGGCCACAGACACCUACUCGAAUCAUUCUAUCCGGGUCUUCUCUUGAUCCGCCACGUAAGCACCCGCGCCGCACCUCAGCUAAACGGAGCCGCCGCAACCACGGGACUCUACGGUUUUGAUCACUUAAAAACCCCUAAAGGGUUUCAACGUUUUGUUGAUGAUGCCAUUGAAAGGUCAGGGGAGCUGGUUAAUUAUAUUUCCAGUAUGCCUUCCUCAGCUGAAAUUGUACAAGCCAUGGAUGAGAUUUCAAACACGUACCUCAAUACGAAUCACAUUUUAUAUGCUGCGGUAAAAAAAGCAGAGAAAGAUGGACAUUUGCUCACAAAACAGGCUCAUAGGGCUGCUGAUCAGUUACGUAUUGAUUUUGAAAAGGGCGGAAUUCAUCUCCCUCCUGAGAAGUUAGCUAGAUUGAAUCAGCUCAAUUUAAGCAUCCUUCAGCUGUGUAGAGAGUUUGGUGAAAAUAUUAGCAUUGAUCCAGGUCAUGUGGAUGUAUUUCCAGCAUCUCGCAUCCCGAAACACAUACACCACCUCCUAAAACCCAUUCAUCGUUUUACCUCUGGAACUUCCUCGGGAUCAUUAGGGUCAUUGAAUAACAUGAAAGAAAAAGGACUGCGGAUAAAAACAGAUCAUCGUACUCUAGUUUCUGUAAUGCAUUGGGUGCCAGAUGAUGAGGUUAGGAAGAUGGCAUAUAUCCAAGGAAACUCUUCCCCACAUGCAAACCUUGAAGUACUUGAUAAGCUUGCUGCAGCUCGUCAUGAACUGGCCCAGGCCUUGGAUUUGCUGUCUUGGAGAAGCCAUCCUUCCAAGAUUGGGUUGUUUAUUCAGUCCCUUUGUGUUCAGUGUGAAUCACAAAUAGGCCAUGAUAUAAGACUUCUAAUGAUGGGAUACAGAUCUUAUGCUGAAUUUGUAGUGAAACCAAACUUGGCUUCAUCACCCGAGGUUGUGAUGUCAUUUCUGCAUGAAAUGAGUAGGAUGGUUAGGCCGAAGGCUGAUGAGGAGUUUGAGGCAAUUAGGAAUUUUAAGGGAGAAAAAUGUGGUCAAAGAUGUAUUGAUUUGGAGCCCUGGGAUGAGACGUACUAUACAGCAAUGAUGAAAUCCUCUGCCCAUAAUCUGGAUUCUUCAAUUGUAGCCUCAUAUUUUCCUCUGCCACAAUGUAUUGAAGGUUUGAAAGUGCUGGUCAACUCAUUAUUUGGUGCAACUCUUUGCAAUGUCCCCAUGGCACCAGGUGAAUCGUGGCACCCUGACGUGCUUAAAAUGUCUCUUCAUCAUCCUGAAGAGGCUUAUUCUUGCCGAAGGGAAUUGAGAUAUUACUUCACUAUAGAGGAGUUGAAACAAACACAUGAGAUUGUCUUCUUAAGAUCAUUUCAUGUUAUUUUAGAUGCUGUCAUUGAUUCUGCCAUUUCAGGCGACUUGGGAUAUCUAUACCUUGAUUUGUACUCCAGGAAAGGAAAAUAUCCUGGUUGUGCUAACUUUGCAGUUAAAGGAGGCUGCCGCAUAUCUGAGACAGAAUACCAACUUCCUGUUGUUGCCCUUCUUUGCAAUUUUUCUGGUUCACCUGGUUCAUCAACCGUUAGACUUAAUCACGGGGAUGUAGAAACUCUAUUUCAUGAGUUUGGACAUGCCCUCCAUUCAUUGUUCUCGAGAACGGAUUACCAACAUUUCUCAGGCACCAGGGUAGCUCUUGACUUUGCUGAAAUGCCUUCAAACCUCUUUGAGUACUAUGCCUGGGACUAUAGAGUAUUAAGGACAUUUGCAAAGCACUACUCAACUGGUGAAAUAAUACCUGAGAAGUUGGUUAAGUCUAUGCAAGGUGCCAGAGAUAUGUUUGCUGCAACUGAACUGCAACGCCAGGUUUUUUAUGCAAUGGUUGACCAAACGCUUUUUGGAGAACAACCAGCCUCACCCAAUGAUAUGAGCUCUAUUCUUGCUGAACUCAAAAUGCAGCACACCAGCUGGAAACAUGUGGAGGGUACAAAUUGGCAGAUCAGAUUCAGCCAUCUUGUAAACUAUGGUGCAGGUGGGAUCUUGGAGCACAUGAAUAUUCUGUGUUACUAUAGCUACUUGUAUGCAAAAUGUUUUGCUGCAACCAUAUGGAGAAAGUUAUGCCAAGAAGAUCCGCUUUCAUUAACUGCCGGAAUUGCUCUUAGAACAAAAUUGUUGCAGCAUGGUGGAUCCAAAGAACCAGCUGAACUGUUAAAUGAUCUAGUAGGGGAAGGGAUUUUAAAGCAUUGCGAUGGAGGGAUUGUUCCUGAUGUUUCAUGUUUCUUGGACGAAUCAAGAGCUAGGAAUGGUGGAGCAAUUGCGACAGACCAAUCACCAGAAGUUGUUAAGGCGGCAUGGACUGCAGUUGGAACUGAUAUUACCAGCAUCCAAUACCCUGAUGACCACCCCAAGGCAAUGCUGUUUGAGCAUAGCCAAUUUGGACUGGGAGCUGGAAUUGGAGAUGGGAUGUUUCAUUCCCUGAAAAAAGUGAAAUCUAUUAGCAUUACAAAAGAAGCAAUUUCAGUUGGACAAUCAAGAUAA